AUGAAUUUUCAUCUCUCAGCAUUAGAGAGGCAGAUCUUUGACUUCCUUGGUUUCCAAUGGGCGCCUAUUCUUGGAAAUUUUCUACAUAUAAUAGUUGUCAUAUUGGGUUUGUUUGGAACCAUUCAGUACAGACCUCGCUACAUCAUGGUGUAUACAGUAUGGACUGCCCUCUGGGUCACCUGGAAUGUGUUCAUUAUCUGCUUUUAUUUGGAAGUAGGUGGGCUCUCUAAGGAUACAGAUCUAAUGACAUUCAACAUCUCUGUACACCGGUCAUGGUGGAGAGAACAUGGGCCGGGCUGUGUGCGAAGAGUGCUGCCUCCGUCAGCCCACGGCAUGAUGGACGAUUACACGUACGUCUCCGUCACGGGCUGCAUCGUCGACUUCCAGUACCUGGAGGUCAUCCACAGCGCCAUCCAGAUACUACUCUCUUUGGUUGGUUUUGUGUAUGCCUGUUAUGUGAUCAGUAUUUCCAUGGAAGAAGAAGACACCUUUGAUUUCAUAGGUGGACUUGAUACACACUCCUACUACCAGGAUCAUGUUGAGUUAAAGCCUGUUAAACCUGUCGAAAUAAGUAAUGACAUCGACUCUGAAAUUCGGCUGCUGAACUUGACUUAGGGAGCAAAGCACCACUGACAGCACCUCCAUGGAUCCGACACAUCUCUUGUUCCUUCCAGAGGUUGGACUAUGCCUCCCUGCUUUCCCACGAAUCAUGGAGUUCUUUGGUCACAGCCUGUGUAAUUAUUAGCAUUGUUCGCUAGAUGAGUUCUAGGUGCCUGGGUGAAUGUUUUUUUAGUCAUUUUCUUCUUAUAUGAACACUUGUAAAAAAAAAAUUGGUUUUUAGUUUUCUAACAAUAUUUAAUG